GCUGUCAGGACACCCAAUAAUGUAUAGCAAACAGGAACAACUGAUGGAGAAAUCGGCACACUUAAUUGGCCAAAAUGCAAAUUUAAUACAGGCUAAAAAACGGCGCUCGAUUAUACCGCACCCACUAUAAGUCAUUGAAUCCAUCACGGCAACAUCACACUUCCUGUUUCUUGUAAACGUCUGCAGAGGAAUAUAUACGCAUAUAUACACGAACAUUUCACCUCGUAAAUUAAAUAGAUGGAAAGAAAAAAUUAUGAGGACAAAAAGAAAAUCCCCCAAAAAGACAUUUUGAAAAGGCUUAAUUUACGACGUUUGGUCGGAUUCUAGGCUGCGGCUGCGCUGCCGUCUAGUCUAACCUGGCAACACAGGCUUUCGUCACGUUGCCGAGCAACGACUGCGGUCAAUUUCGGGGAGCAGCAUUGUAUAAGUUCUUUAAAAAUAUAUACAUAUAUAUAUUUACAUGUGUCUGAAGUGAAGUUAAGUUACGCUACUGUAGCAGACUACCAGCCUACUGUAACUCGAUACAGGUGUGCUCCAAGUCAAAACCGCACCUGGUGGUUGGUGAUAUCACCACCGGUCGGCUAACUAGCUAACUAGCUAACAGCUAUGAUGCCCGACAUUCAAACGUGUGGGGUCAUUGUGGUCAUGGACAUUGUGGCACAUGAUUGGCGGUUGUGAUGAAUGUUUGUUGUGAUUUUACGUCGCCUUUAAAAGAGGGAAUCCAAGUGACCAUGAAUCACAGACGUGGCAGGGAUUUAUCAAACAAAGAAAAUAAGCAAUCUGAUCCGGCAAAUAAACCCUGUUGCUGCAAACGUUUAAAAUGCUAUAAGACGGAUGGACAGCCCAAGAGGAAACGACUCAAGACGCGCAAGCAGAGGUGUCGGAUGAGAGGUGAGGGGAAAGAGGCCUCGAAGACGAAAUCAUAUCACCACCGCUGCCACCUCCAAACCAGUGGAGACACGGCACCUUUCCAUAACUGUUGUCGUCAAAGCGGCUGUAGUUCAAGGAGAGACGCGCCCUUUCCAAAGGUGGUUCAGGUGGCACAGGAGCCCAGCAUCAUCACAGACAGCCGCCUGUUAGGACACCAUGGCCUCUUCAGCCACGAGGUGAAGUCUAUUGACAUUCAACGCUUGUUAAGUGAGCAGGGGAGGCUGGGAAAAGGACAAAAAGAUCAAGAGGAGAAGCAUACUAUUUUCUGUGCGUCUUCAACAUCUCACAUUCCCACUCCUUUCUUCAGUAAUGUUUCGGGCACUGACACUGGUGAAGUUGUGCCAUUUGAGGGGACAGCCGACCCUGCUGCACACAUCCAUGUUUAUUGCCAGGAAAGAGGGAAGUUAAUCAGUCAUGAAUCAGAUAUUACACCUGGACAGAGACCACAGCAACGAUUUGAUAAUUCAUCCGGUAGCUAUAAAAGCAUCUUCUCGUCUAAACACAGCUCUUUCGGUGUAGAAAUAAGCAAGAGCAAGGGCCCUGUCAACUCUGUCAUGCGUGAAAAGGACAAAGCGCCUCAGCUGACUCCCACUGUUGACCACGACAUUGUCAAGAUAUCAUACAAGAAGAUAAAGACACACAUGAUCUCCGCUUUUGGGCCAACUCCAAAGAACCAGGAGCAUCUUACUCACCAGACACACGCUCGUAGUCACUACCCAAGUCCACCUCAGCUCUCCAGCUCACCCGCCGCCGACAGCUUUGGCACGCGGCACAGAAGACAAGGUCCCGGCGGUGUAUCCAAGUCCAUCACCGCAAUGGGAGCACGUCUGUGUGACUGUCUGCAGUUCCCACAGCUGAGAAGGAGGAACCUGCUAGCAGAGAGCAGGGAGGUGCUGUUGACGGCUCUGAGGGAGAGGCAUGGACCUCGGUUUCAGGAGAAGCUUCUCCAGGAGCAGCAGCGCUUCAGCUUAGGCACUGAUCUCGCCAUCCAGGAUCAUGAUCAGGAGCCAACCAUGAGAGAUGAAAAUCAUCUCUUGCCCACAGAUGCAUCAGCAUUUCAAGCCGACGCUGUUAGUCAGCUAUAUUUUGACUGCCAGAAAACAACAGCUUCCAAAGAGAUGAGAAGCAAGCAUUUUAACCAGAAGUCCAGUCGGCAACCACACCAGAGCUCGAAAUGGACUGCUGAAUGCUUGACAAGAACCGUGGAUACUUCUGCCAGUCUUUUGGAUGAUGUCCUCAGACCGAGUUGCUCUCCUCCGUUCUGCAUGGACUUUGAGCUGUCUGGAGCAUCAGGAAGUGAUCGUUUGUUCACUUUCUCUCCCACCUCAUGCUGGGGAGAGAAGGCCUCAGCACCUCAGCAAGUGGGCAGCGGUUUUAACAGGCCUGAGUGCAAAGACUCUAUUUUUGAUUCAUUCGGUGUUGUUCAUCAACCUGUUUUCAGAUCAUUUAGAGAGAUGAGCUGUGGGCCUCAGUUCCCUAAUGAAACACAGCUGCCAGAAAUAUUUUCAGCAGAGCCAAUGCAUUUCCUUCCAGAGCAAGACCCAUUUAAAACUGGCAUAUACAUAACUAAUAAAAUUCACGAUCCUAAUCAAAGCAGACAUUUCUCGACUUUCGGCCGAUCCAGCCACCUUUCAACUUACCGUCCCGUCAGCUCCCACCACACAGACAUGAUGCACUACCCCCCAUCUCACAUGCUUGAAAGAGGCCCAGCUGCUCCCCUUUCUUCUUUACCAAGCCCAGAGCAGUGGUCCUUUCCACCCAUGAAACUGUACUGAUGUGUCGUUAAACACUGCACACAGUUGUGCCUGUGGACAUUUGUUUGUCUAACUACACACAAAUCAGUCUUAAUUCAGACCAUCAAGACUUUUUGUCACAGUAUAAAAUUUUUGGGCUCAUAUUUUAUCAAACCCAGUUUUAAAUGUGAAAGCAAUUGCUGUAUCUCACGAGUUACCUCUUGUAUUAAUUUGUUAGAUAGACACGCAAAUAUAUAUUGUUUGCAUCUUUGGAGCAUUUUUAAUUUGCAGAACUAUAUAUUAGCACAUCUAUAUCAACACAGGUCCUAUAAUGGGGAAUUCUGUACAGAGACAAUAUUUACUAAGGAUGUGCCAUUCUGAAAGUUAUAAUUUUUUGUGUGGACUGUGCUUAAAUGCAAGAAGACAUUGUACAAUUGAGGAAUGUCAAGCAUUGCUAACAAUAAAAAUGAACUGAUCACCAGAUGUUAAAUGA